AUGAAACCAGAAACUUUAGUUAUGAAAAUAAUAGAAACUAUUGAAACAGCUUCACCAGCUGUAAUAACUUUCAACGGUAAAAAAAUCAGCAUAACUAAAAAACUUAUUGAUAAAUACAAAUAUUGUAAAGUCAGAGACGAUAUAGGUUUAGACAAAAUUGACGCGAACGCAAAAGAAGGUGGAUUUUUACCUUUGCUUCUACCUUUAAUAUUUGGUGGUAUUGCAGCGGCUAUUAGAAUAACAAAAACCAUCCUCUCAAAGAAAGCAGAUGAUGCUAAAGCCGCUGAAGAACGCAGACAUAAUUUAGCACUGGAAAAGGAAGCAUGA